UGUCACUCAAUAACCAACCAUAGCGCUCAUGAAUGGUCUUUUCCACGAAUCAAGUGAAAAGACUCGAACGGGCAGGCUAGUGGGACGGACCGUUUUUUUUUCAGUUUGUUUGCUCCAAUACAGCAUUCCUGUACGCUUUGAUUUUCAAUGCGAUAGAAGUCAGGCGGAUCAUGGCGGCAUGAUUUGGUUGGCUCUUGACUGGCCAUUUUUCGCCUCAUCCACAAUUCGACUAUAUUUUGCUGGCUCCAGACUGGAAUUUCGCCUCAUGAAUGGUUAUACGAGCAUUGCUCAUACUUGCGGUCAAAGAUUUAACCUCUCUUGCUCAUCGUGUGACUCAAAGGUCGCGGCCAAACUCGCUCACAUGAACAAAUGAAUCCGCUUCAUGUACGAAUCGCAGUCUGUCACAACUAUUCCUCGGAGGGAGCGGUGACAAUUGACAGAUGAACUCCUCUAUUCCUUGUCAAGAAGUUCGAGCUUCGCCAAAGGGCGAGACUAAGAGGUGGGGUGAUGGACUGCAUGUACAAUAUGCUAGGAUUCAGCAUUUGGGCACUCUAGAUCACACUGGAAAUGGUAUAGCUCUGCUGUAGUUUCUCAACUCUGUUCUUGGCCUUGUCAAUCAAGGAGCCCCAAACCAUCAGCUGAAUCGGGAAUAUCUGUACAAAAGGUGCCAUAUCCUUGUGAGGAAUUGAGGAGAUGCCAGACGGCUCAGCAAGCCGAGGGUGAGUGGCUUUGAGGCGUGGUUGGCUGAAGGUGAAGCUCCAAGCAUGAUUUUCUGCAAUGGAUGUGUCGCCACGGUGAUUGUCGAUGAAUUGAUGAACAAAUGGUACCCAGAAUAUGCAAAACGUAUCUGUCUGUGCCUGGGCUGAGAUGCAAUGCGACGCGAAGUUGAUUCACAGCACUACCAUAACAGAGAUAUUGGAAGAUCUGAUGUUGUGGGGUCCAAGAUUACGAUUCUCAG